UCCUGGUCGACGCUGGGGGAGCGGCCGCCAUUGUCCGUCGCCGAGGUGAGGCGGUCGCCCAGGCGGUGGGGUCGCCGCCGUUGCCGCCGUGGGAGUCAGGAGGUUGGGAGAACAAGCGCGAAGACGCGGCGCCUGCAGUCGGGGCCGGCGCGGAUCCCGCGCCUGCCCCUUCCGCGUCGGCUUCGCGCCCCUGUUUCCCUUGGUUCUGCGACCCUCCCGCCUCCCGCCUCUGGGCUCGCGGCCGCGCUGGGCCGGCUGGGCGGGCCCCGGUGAGCCCUGCACGUCGGGCCUGGCGCUGGGUAGCAGCCGUCGGCUCAGCGCGCCUUUGUCUGCCCCGCCGCGCGUGAAGAUCCUAAGCGUACCGCCAGGCCGAACCUUGGAGCGGAACAAAAGCCCGAAGCGAAGCGGCGAAGCGGCGAAGCGACCCCAAGCUUGCUAAGUCGCUUGCCUCGAGCGGCGGGGACCGGCCCGCAGGGGUGGGAACCAGCGGGUGUUUCUCGUCCGCGCGGGUUCAGCUAAGGCGCCCAGGGACGACGGCGACCGUGGGAGGGGGACAAUCCCCGAUUCUCUUCACCGUGCAGUGACGGCGGACUUGGUUAGGUUGCAAACAGCGGUGCGGAAUCGUUUGCCUACUUUGAGUUUUGGCGCAGAUCCCGGUGUUCCUGGGGCCAGCAGGCGUCCUGGUGCUUUAUACUCACUCCCAGGAAUCCGCAGAGCUCUGACAGUUGGCCCUCGUACCCUCGAGAGGUCUCGGGACUUGCACAAAGACUUGGAACCGACGGACUUUGUGGUCUGGGCUCCACGUCAGGAAACGGACAGACUUGGGCCCGGUUGGUAUUGCAGUUGUCUGUGAAUCACCUGAAUCCAGUGCUUUUGGCCAGGCACCUGGUGGCUUGAUCCUGUGGGAUGGCAGCUGUCAAUCCGUGGGCCUCCUGGGGUGUCCUUACGGACCAGUCCUGGGGAAUGGCGACUGUUGACCCGUGGACCUCCUGGGCUCUGUGUCCUCAGGACUCUGCCUGGCCUGUGGAAGAGAGCCCCAAGGAGGAGAGGAGGGUCCCUGGGCUCCCGACAGCCCAGGUCCAGGAACCAGUGACUUUCAAGGACGUGGCUGUGGACUUCACCCAAGAGGAGUGGGGGCAGUUGGACCCUAUUCAGAGGACCCUGUACCGUGACGUGAUGCUGGAGACCUAUGGGCAUCUGCUCUCUGUGGGGAAUCAGAUUGCCAAGCCGGAGGUCAUCUCUCUGUUGGAGCAAGGAGAAGAACCAUGGUCAGUGGAACAAGCAUAUCCUCAAAGCACUUGUCCAGAGUGGAUGAGAAAUCUUGAAAGCAAAGCAUUGAUCCCAACACAAAGCAUUUUUGAGGAAGAACAAUCCCAUAGCAUGAAGCUGGAAAGAUACAUAUGGGAUGAUCCUUGGUUCUCCAGGUUAGAAGUCUUGGGAUGUAAAGACCAGUUGGAAAUGUAUCACAUGAACCAGAGUACAGCUAUGAGGCAAAUGGUCUUCAUGCAAAAGCAAGUACUAUCUCAAAGAGGUUCAGAAUUCUGUGAACUUGGAGCAGAGUGUAGCCAGAGCUUAAACUUUGUUCCAUCUCAGAGAGUUUCUCAAAUAGAACAUUUCUAUAAGCCUGAUACAAAUGCUGAAAGCUGGCGGUGUAACUCAGCCAUAAUGUAUGCAGAUAAGAUUACCUGUGGAAAUCAUGAUUAUGACAAAACUUUCUACCAGUCCAUACAACCUAGUCAGCCUGAAAGGAUGCAAACUGGAGAUAAUCUUCUUAAAUGUACUGAUGCUGUGAAAUCUUUCAAUCAUAUACUACAUUUUGGUGAUCAUAAGGGAAUGCAUACAGGAGAAAAACUCUAUGAAUAUAAGGAAUGCCAUCAAAUCUUUAACCAGAGCCCAUCAUUUAAUGAACACCCACGACUUCAUAUUGGAGAAAACCAGUAUGAUUACAAAGAAUAUGAGAAUAUCUUUUAUUUUUCAUCAUUUAUGGAGCGUCAAAAAAUUGGUACUGUAGAGAAAGCAUAUAAAUACAAUGAAUGGGAGAAAGUCUUUGGGUAUGACUCAUUCCUUACUCAACAUACAAGCACAUACACCUCAGAGAAACCCUAUGAAUAUAAUGAAUGUGGAACAUCUUUCAUCUGGAGCUCUUACCUUAUCCAGCAUAAGAAAACUCAUACUGGAGAGAAACCCUAUGAAUGUGAUAAAUGUGGAAAAGUAUUUAGGAAUCGUUCAGCCCUUACUAAACAUGAACGGACUCACACUGGAAUAAAGCCCUAUGAAUGUAAUAAAUGUGGAAAAGCCUUCAGCUGGAAUUCUCAUCUUAUUGUACAUAAGAGAAUUCAUACAGGAGAGAAACCUUAUGUAUGUAAUGAAUGUGGGAAAUCUUUCAACUGGAACUCCCAUCUUAUUGGACAUCAGAGAACUCAUACCGGAGAGAAACCCUUUGAAUGUACUGAAUGUGGGAAAUCUUUCAGCUGGAGCUCCCAUCUUAUUGCCCACAUGAGAAUGCAUACUGGAGAGAAGCCCUUUAAAUGUGAUGAAUGUGAAAAAGCUUUCAGGGAUUACUCAGCUCUUAGUAAACACGAAAGAACUCACUCUGGAGCAAAACCAUAUAAAUGUACUGAAUGUGGAAAAUCCUUCAGCUGGAGCUCCCAUCUUAUUGCCCAUCAGAGAACUCACACAGGAGAGAAACCCUAUAACUGUCAGGAAUGUGGCAAAGCAUUCAGAGAACGCUCAGCCCUCACUAAACAUGAAAUAAUUCAUUCUGGAAUCAAGCCUUAUGAAUGUAAUAAAUGUGGGAAGUCCUGCAGCCAGAUGGCUCACCUUGUUAGACAUCAAAGGACUCAUACUGGAGAAAAGCCCUAUGAGUGUAAUAAAUGUGGAAAAUCCUUCAGUCAGAGCUGUCACCUUGUUGCUCAUCGGAGAAUUCACACUGGUGAGAAACCCUAUAAAUGUAAUCAAUGUGAAAGAUCUUUUAACUGUAGCUCUCACCUUAUUGCACACCGGAGAACUCAUACUGGAGAGAAACCAUAUAGAUGUAAUGAAUGUGGGAAAGCAUUUAAUGAGAGUUCUUCCCUUAUUGUACAUCUAAGAAACCAUACUGGAGAAAAACCCUACAAAUGUAAUCAUUGUGAGAAAGCUUUCUGUAAGAAUUCUUCUCUCAUUAUUCAUCAGAGAAUGCAUAGUGGAGAGAAACGCUUUAUAUGCAAUGACUGUGGAAAAGCCUUUAGUGGUCACUCAGCCCUACUUCAGCAUCAGAGAAAUCAUAGUGAAGAGAAACUGUGAAUUGAAUUGAUAAGAGAUUUUUCUUUUAUUGUACAUUUGGUAACACAUUGAAAAAAAACCCUAUAAAUAUAAUCAAGAGGGCAAAUUGUUUAGUAAGAAUUCAGAAAGACUUCUUUUUAUUAUUUGGUAGAAAAUAUCUCCUUAGAAGAAACCUAUGAAUGAAAAGAAUAGAACAAAGCUUUCAGCAGUUAUGUAGCCUUUAUUUAACAUCAGAGAAUUACAGUGAAGAAACCUCAAAUCCCCUCAUGGUCCUACUUGAUUCCUACCAGGAAUCCUACUUGAGGAACAUGAAUGUAGGGAAUAAGACUUCUUUCAGUAAGAGAUCUCAACUGAGGUCUGAAUUUGUGGAUCGCAGUGCAUUGUUAAGGGGAACCUUAUUCUAGGAAAAGUUUUUUAACUGAAAGUACACUGUUUUGCAUCAAGCUGGAAUAAUGGAUAGGAAGCUUUAUAAUAACAUCUUGUGCAUAAUUAUGGAAAUACAGAUUUUGCUGUUACAAAGGGAGAAUGUGGGUGCCGUUUAAGGAACACAAUAUGAAAUACUAAAUCUGAAUUUAAGAAAAAAAAUUAGUAUUGAAUGGGAUAUUUACUGUCGAUCAAGAUUAACCUUAGAAAAGAUUAGUAAAUGAUUUUACUAAUGGUGGAAAGAUUAUUACCUAGAAGUAUGAGACUGAUGUUGUUAGAACAAAAGUUGACAGUUUAUGACCCAUUGUGUCAGUGUCCAUGGUUUACUCAUGAUUGCAUUGUUGGACAAUUCACUUGUAAUCUGUUUUAGGCAAUCACUGUAAGUUACAGUUGUGGACACUGCAUCGAUAUACACAAUGUUAGGGAAUGAAAAGGACACAAAAUUGUAUAUACGUAUCUAUUAUAACAUCUAAAAAAAUGUAUACGGAUAAGGACUGGAAGGAUCCAUGGAGAAAUUAACCUUGUUAAUUUAAGAUUUUUUAAAAAGUUUUAUAAACACAGCACGUAUGUGCUAGGCUUUGUUUUAAAUGCUUUCAAAUAUUAACUUGUUCAAUCUCCUUAACUCUAUGAGAUAGGUACUAUUAUUAUCCCAGUUUUACAAAUGGAGAAACUCGUGCAGAGUGUUGAGAAACCUACCUAAGGAUACACAGCUAUUAAGGAAUGGAACCAAGAUUGUUUGGCUCUAGAGUCAUGUUUUUAAAUACCAUGUUAUGCUGCCUCUCCAGUGAUUUUUUUUUCCCCUAAAUUUUUCUUUUGUUCAGUUUUCUAUAGUAGAUAACUUGAUAAUAAAAACCGAGAAAUUCCUAAACAGUGAGAAAUAAAGUUACCUGGCUCUCUGACCUGAAUGAUUUCUGGUAACAUGAGAGCUAAGCUGCCUUUGGAAUAUGAAGUCUGGAUUGGACAGUCAGAAUCACUGCCAUUUUCUAGGACUUGGGUUCCCUAAGAUUUCACCACCCACAAUACUGAGCAUUACAGCACAACAGUGACUGGAACACAAAUCGGAGGUUUGGGCAAUGCUGAGGAAUGCCUCUUGAUGGGGUUAGAAUGGCCCUUGUGGGGCAGAGAGCAAGAGACACUACAGCACAUGGGAGCAUUGUUUCUCAAGGUCUCUCUCAAAUUCAGUGUUUAUGCUUGCUUUAUCUUCUCUUGAUGAGAAGAUUGCUUGAUAGUAGGGGCACUUCAGAAGGGAAGGAAGCUCACCAAUUCAUCAGAGUGAGGAAGUCUCUCUGAGUGCUCCUAGGGGAAAGGAGGCAGGAUGGAUAAGCAGAUUUAGGUGGCUUCUCUCCUGUUCACAGAUAUUUCCUCUAUUUCCCUAAAGUAGGACUAUAAUUACGGGCCAGGAAUCCUUGGAUAGGCUUCAAGGACAUUGGUUAGAAAUCCAGGAUACAAAAGGUUCAUCUAGUUCUUACAGGGUCCAUGACUCCCCAUUGGUUGAGAAACAGUGACCUACUGGUGUGGGAGGGUGUGUGUUCUGUAGCUGGAACUCACAUAGGUAUGUAACAUCUGAUUCCUUACCUUUCAGGGCUUAGUGCAUAGUGGUCACCCAAUAAAUGUUGCAGGAGUAAAUUAACUGAA